AUGCCACCGAUCAGACUGCCCUUUGGGCGUCUAGAAGGGUCGCUAAGGGUGAUGGAAGGCCUAGAAGACUGCCCCAUGCAUCCUCCCCAUUCCCCAUCCAGAGAGCAGGUUUCAGUGAUACCCUCUCCCGAGUCUCAUCAGCACCCCCCAACCGGCGUUAGCUCCACUCCCAAUACAGAAUGUGCAUUUGACAACUCCAUCAUACAAACUUGUAUGGUAAACCAAGCCUCUCCUUCAAUUCAAAUUCUGUAG